AUCACCAUAGGUCGCGGACAAAGGUGGUUUCAUCAAACGAUCCGGCGAUACUAUUGUCCCAAGUGUUAUAAUAUGGAGUUCAAUCAUACACGGAAUUCUUUGCACACCAUUCAUGUGACUGCAUGACAAGACGACAUGACACUUCUUAGCGUCUUAUCAGGAAACACACGAGAGGAGUUAGUACAGAUUAUUGCACAGGGGAACCUGUAUUAGCAACUUUCGUGCAGUGACUGUCGUCUGGGCAAGAUGGAUUUUGGUAUAAGUCUCACAACGUUUCUUCUAGGAAUGGUAACCUUCCUUGUAACCUUGAUGAUGGUCUGGUCUCGAACCGGGAGAACGUAUGCCAAUCUCCCACCGAAGGGACCUCCCGAAUGGCCGAUCAUUGGCAGCCUGCUUAGCCUAGCAGGAGAGCACCCACCUCACCAGAUCUUAGCUAACAUGGCCAAGAAGUAUGGACCUAUCUUCAGUAUGCAGAUGGGAUCAUUCUAUGCUGUGGUACUCAGUGAUUAUUCUCUCAUUAAACAAGCUUUUGCAAAGUCCGGAGAUGACUUUAGUGAUAGACCAAAGAUUGCUAUGAUAGAGCAUUUAGCAGAAGGAAAAGGUCUCAUCUCGGGUUACAAUAGCCCGGCCCAAAUUGAACAGCGUCGUUUCACAUUUUCUGCUCUCCGCUCUCUUGGUAUGGGAAAGUUUCGAAUGGAAGAGACGAUUUCAGAGGAGAUUCAACACCUUAUCAAGAGCUUUACAGAACGCAACACCCAACCGUUCAUUCCAUUUCAUGACAUAACUGUGUCAGUUUCUAAUGUCAUUUGUUGGUUGAACUUUGGAAAGCGAUUUGAAUAUAACGAUGACGACUUCAAGGGUGUCCUGGAAGCCCUCUUUGGAAUUGUGGAGAUUACCGAAAUCGGAGGUGUUUUCAAUUUUCUGCCCUUCUUGCGUUUUCUACCUGGAAGCGGUCUUAAGAAGUGUUUCAAGCACAAGGCUAUAUUCGACAAGCACAUGUAUCCUCUAAUAAGAAAAAUAAAACAAAGUUACGACGACAAGUUCGAGUCAGCAGAGUGUUACAUUCACAUGUAUGCUGAUAAGAUAGCCGAAGCUGCGAAGCAGAACAUUGUCCCAAAUUUGUUCAAUGAUGGGAACAUGGUGUUGGCAGUAGCGGAUCUCUUCGUUGCGGGUACUGAGACAACUGCUACAACUCUUAAAUGGGCGCUGCUUUACAUGGUGGUCAAUCAAGACGUUCAGAAAAGAGUACAAGAAGAACUGGACAGAGUGGUCGGUGUGGACCGGCUGCCUAGUCUGUUGGAUAAACCUAACUUACCUUACACGGAAGCCACCUUACUGGAGAUUCAACGCAAGGCGUCUAUCGUACCAUUGGGAGUCCCACACGCACCUGUCCAAGAUACUAUUCUCUAUGGAUACGAUAUCCCUAAAGGAACUGUGGUCUUACCAAACCUAUGGGCCAUUCAUCAUGACCCUAACCUAUGGAAGAACCCUGAUGAAUUCAAUCCAGACAGGUUUCUCAAACCAGACACCAAACAUGUUGUUCAGAGGGAGGAACUUAUUCCAUUCUCUAUCGGACGUCGGAGGUGCAUCGGUGAGGAGUUGGCCAAAGUGGAGCUCUACCUCUUCUUUACUCACCUGCUGUGUCGCUUUCACUUCAUCUUGCCUCCAGGAGCACCCCAACCUACAAUGGAGGGAAGAUCUCUCGCUACAUUCGUACCCCACGAUUAUUCGUUAUGUGCUAUUCCAAGAUGCAGGGACAAGGACUUUGAGGAAUCAUGAUCUUAUUUAUAUCUUUAAUAAUCAUUGAAUUAUCUUGGAAUU